UCCUUGGCUUCCGCCUAACAACCCGCUCACCGCUAAGAAAGCCGCACAACACCAUCGUCUGCUGCCUUUAGAUGUGGCUAAAAGGCGGCGAACUCGAGGACUCUCGAACAUGUGGCUAGCAGACUGACCGGUCGCACAGCCUAGCGUAGAGAAGGAUAAGUAUCUGGCCACACGCUCAUGAACCUCAGCACGGAACAACAAGGCUGCACACAUCACCAUCCAACACUACCAAGCACAACAGACUAGCUCACGGUAUCUAGUAGACCUGCAACUCGCCGACCUCACCACAAUGCCACCCCCAUCCAUCAUCUCCUCCUUCCUCUCGGUGCAACCGCUCGAGCCCGUCCUCGUCUUCAACACCGUCGAUGACGCCGCAUACUUCCAAACGCACUGCAAACAGGGCCGCAUAUUGCCCGACCAGCGCUCGAGAUGGGUCUUCCUGCCUAUGCCCGAGGGUCUGCUCCGGGUCAGGACAGCGCGCAACGGCGACGUCGCGUAUGAGUUUGAUAGCCAUCAACACGCGAGGGCAUUCAACGAUAGUAUCAAGGGCUUGGGCAGAAUCUUCCAGAAUACACAUGAUAAGCCGAUUUGGGAUCGGACCGUGUAUUUGGGGAAGCAGACCUGAUGAGGACAACAGGACUUUGAGUUGGCGUUGAUGACACUUGUUCAGCUCGGCGGAGUCACCGACGAUGUCUUCGCUAUCGGAAAUGGGUCUUUUCCUGUGCGUCAAGCUGAUGGUUGUCU